UGGACCACACGAAAUUUCACUACGGACGGGACGGGUUUCGGGAAAAUUCGGCGCCCAUUUUCAUCCAAUAGUUGCCUUUACAAUCCACACGUAUACGUAUAUAUAUAUAUAUAUACGUAUACAUAUAUAUACACAUAUAUAUAUAAAUCUCGACUUUUCGUUUCGUUCGAGAGAGAGAGAAAGAGAAGUCAUGAAGAUACUCGCGAUCGCAUCGAUCUUGACCGUGGCCGUGGCCGUUGGCCAGAGUUUGGACGAUUGUCUGCAGACCGACAGCAUCUCCUGCGUGCAGAAAAGCUUGUACAGAAAGGCCAAGGAGUUUUUCGACAAGGACAGCUUGGAGCUGUUCGCCGGUGUCAGCUUGGUGAGGAACGAGCGCGGCCAGGGGAGAAGCUCGAGGAGUGGGAAGGAGUUGAUGUACGAGCAGGAAAUCGACUCGGCUAACAGUGUCACGGACAGGCAGACAGCUCUCGAGAACUUCGUCAGCGAGGAGGCUGGGCAAUUGUUGACCGGUCGCAGCCUCAGGAUCAACUUUGCCCCAGCUUUCGAGAAGAUCGGGGAGUCGGCGCGCGCCAUUUCGGACUCGGCGCCGGAAGAGGUUCGCCAGGCGGUCGACGAAAUCGUCGAAGGUCGAGGGAAGAAGAAGAUACUCAAGUCGAUCCUGCCCCUCCUGAUCGCAGCGAAAGUGAAGAUCGGCGCGUUGGCAACCCUCGCCUACUUCGCCAUCGGCCUGAUAGCGAAGAAGGCGAUCUUCGCGUCGCUCAUCUCGCUCGCCAUUUCCGCUUUCUUCGGCCUGAGGGCGCUCUGGUCCAAGAAUUCCCACGACAUCACCCCGUACAACGGUUGGGCAAGCGGCAACAACGGUUGGGCAGCCACCCCCGUAGCGAGCGGAUGGUCCUCGGCCAACUCGUGGGACGACUCUCACGGCUACGCGCAGAGCCAAGCGUAUUCCGGAUAUCAUCAUUAAUCCUUCCCUCUCAACUUUUAGCUCCAUUCGCGUAAACGUCUCUCUUUCUCUCUCUCUUCUCCUUUUUUUCUUCUUCCUCUUCAUUCUCUAUCCCCUCUUUCCUUUCCCUUCUUUUUCUUUUCUACAGUUCCUGAAUCGAUCUAACAAAAAAUUUUUAUAUUUAUUUCGCUCUAUUUAUCCGAUAUAAUAGUUAGACGCGACUAUCCCCAUCGGGGGGGAGGGUCGAAGUGUAAAUAAUGUUAAUAUAUUAUAUUAUAUAAAUAUAUAUAUAUAUGUGUGUGAAGAAAUUGACAGGAUUUCGGAAUCAAACAGAUAGAGGCUAGUCGUAAUAAAAGAAAGAACGAGAAAAAAAAAAAUGAAACAAACUCUCCCUACGAGGAGGAGGUCACACGCGAUGACCAAUUUCUCUCUCUCCAUUUUCCACCAUUCAGCAUAUACUCCUCCCCGCAAUUAAUUUAAUUAAUUAAUAUCGAUCGCAGUUGAAACACCAUCUAGUCCACGUACACGAUUUAGAUGAACUCCCUACCUGAUUGUCUAAUGUAACUAUAUAUGUAUACGUGAACCGUAGGUUUAAAAAG